AACAACAAACGAAGAAUGGGUCAGGAGAAUGUGCUGCGACCGCUGCGUGAGCUUUACUGUGACGCUGCUCAGCCAGAACACACGAGCUCUGCGCCACCGAGCCGUCGCCGGAGAACAGGCCGCGAGUCCCCAGAUACGGAGACACCACCUUCUGCACCAGACACUCCAGCUUCAGGCGCCGGCUUCCGGUUUCUCAGACACAGCGGCGGCAGCAUGGGACCAGGAGCGAAAAUAAACAGACCCAAAACUGAACUGGCCCAGAAGCUGUUCAAGAGACGCAGGGUUCUGAGUCAAGAGAAGAGACGGAAGAAGCGGAUCGUGGGAGCUGUGAUCGACCGGGACAUCAUCACCAAACACCAUCUGAAGAAGAGGAGCUCCAGCUCCAGAGCCAACAUCACGCUCUCGGGGAAGAAGAGGAGGAAGCUGAUCAAGCAGCUGGCGCGCAUGGAGCGAGAGAAGAUCGCUGGGGAAGCGGAGACGCAGAAGAAGCUCCCUCCUGCUGCAGCUGCAGACAAACCCAAGAGCAGCAGAAGAGCAGCGGCGGCGAGCCACACUGAAGUGAUGGAUGUGGAAUAGAGCAGAUUACAGCACCUGGGUUUGGAUGGACCUCAACUUGUGUACAUCUGUUGCUAUAAGUGUGUGUGUUGAAAAAAGAAUAAACUUUGUGAGAGACGCAGUUAGAGUCAUCAAGUGGAUCUGCACGACAUCUGCCUACAGUUUCCACAAAGAUAUUCAUCGUCUU